CUCAUAAACCCAACAGGUUUCUUAGGAAUUUACCUAGGUCCUGCCCUUGAUUGAGAGCUUCGCGACCCUCACCCCUUAUCCUGCCGAAGCUUUCGCCUGCGUCUUUUCAGUAGAGGCUACUGUACCUGCAGAUAGGCUUGCCGCGUGCGAUUAGCCACCAGUCUUCUAGCGUUUAGGCAAGAGUCGUCAUCCCCUGCUGGACCUGAACGCACCUCCAGCGCCUAAACGCCAUACCGCAAUAAUACGGCGUUGGGAGUUUUGCUAACCUCGUUUGGCUGUGCGUGGUCAGCGCUUGCCAUCGGUCGUCCUAAAUAUCAUACCGCACCCCAGGCUGCGUUGUAAAUGAACGGCUUCGUGGAUACAUCGAUGCAAACGGAGGAGAACAGGGGCCCUUCACAUGCUCCCGCUGAUUGCCGCCAGUGGUCGCCGUCAACCGGAAGCGCUGAACCCAAAUCGCCCGUUCACGGUGCCAGUAUCUGUAAAGCAGUCCAAUCGCCCACGGCCAGCACGGACGCCUUGCGGGCGCUCUCCAACACCGCAGUCUGCUCCUUGUCCCAACUGUCUCCAAGCGCGUUGUCUCCCCAAAGCAUGUUUGGUGGAUCAUCGUCCCAUGGCUUUCACGGUUUUGAGCCCGUCGACAUCACGUGCGUCCUCCGCACCAAGCCCAAAUCUACGACGGAUCAGAUGCCAAAGGCGCUACCAAAGGUCAAGCAGAACCUGGAGUGCGUGCUCAUGUCGCCCACUCGACGCACCGCCAAGAGGCCCCUCACAUGGCAAUGGAGCUACGACUCUGGGACGAUGGCCUUUCCGGCGGUGGCCAACGGUAACAACCUACUCAAGCACACACCAGCAUCUGCCGCGGCG